CAUUGGCGGGGGAACCACCGCGUACAGACAUGGGCUUGUCGUCGCCAAUAGCAGCUCUGCUGCUGCUGUCCUGCGCGGCCUUGCAGGCGGCCGCCGCCGGCAGCUACGACUACAAGCUGCUCCUGCAGAAGUCCCUCUUGUUCUACGAGGCCCAGCGGUCGGGCAAGCUGCCCUCCGACCAGAAGGUCACGUGGCGUCACGACUCCGCCCUCAACGACAAGGGCCUAAACGGCGAGGACCUCACAGGAGGAUACUAUGACGCUGGGGACUACGUGAAGUUUGGAUUCCCGAUGGCUUUCUCCACGACUGUCCUCGCCUGGAGCGUGCUGGAUCAUCCGAAAGCUUACCAGGCCGCCAACGCGUUGGAGGACGGGAGGAAGGCGGUCAAAUGGGCCACCGACUACUUCAUCAAGUGCCACGUGAGCGAGUUCGAGUUCUACGGUCAAGUGGGGCAAGGCCAGCUGGACCACGACUUCUGGACGCAGCCCGAGGACAUGACGGAGGAGAGGACUCCAUACAAGAUCACGGCCCAGGCUCCAGGCUCCGACCUGGCCGCGGAGACCGCCGCCGCCAUGGCAGCCGCCUACCUGGUCUUCGAGGAAGUGAACUCCACCUACGCGAACAUCCUGCUCACGCACGCCGAGCAGCUCAUGAACUUCGCCGUCACCCACCUGGGCAAGUACAGCGACUCCAUCACCGACGCCAAGAACUUCUACGCCUCCAGCGGCUACGUGGACGAGCUGGUGUGGGGCGCGGCCUGGCUCUACAGGGCCACCCAGAAGAAGACGUACCUGGACAUCGUCGACCAGUACUGGAGCACGGUCAUGUACAACGACGGCUUCGGCUGGGACUCCAAGAAGUCUGGUGCUGAUGCCAUCAUGUACAAGCUGACCAAGGAGGAUAAGUACAAGGAGAGGCUGGUAGCGUACUGCGACUACUGCUUCAACAACGUGCAGAAGACCCCGAAAGGCCUCAUCUUCCUCGGCGAGUGGGGGUCCCUGCGGAACAACGCCAACCUCCUUCUCAUCUGCUCCGAGGCCGCUGGGAUGGGCAUAGAGACAGACACAUACAGGGCCAUCAUCAAGAAACAGAUCGGUUACUAUGUUGGAGACACCGGAUUCAGCUACGUGGUUGGAUACGGAAGUAACUACCCGAAAUAUGCCCAUCAUCGCUCUAGCUCGUGCCCCGACCACCCGGCGGCGUGCGGCUGGGACUUCUUCAACGGCAACACCCCCAACCACCACGUGCUGGAGGGCGCGCUGGUCGGAGGCCCCGGCUCGGACGACUCGUACACGGACACGCGCAAGGACGCCCAGCACAACGAGGUCGCCUGCGACUACAACGCCUGCUACCAGGGGGUCAUCGCAAACCUCGUGGAGCAGGAGGAGAGCCUCUGAAGACCCCCCCCCCCCCCCCCACCGUCCGCCGGGCCGCGGCGAGGAAGAACCGCCCAAGUCGCGCUCCGCCGACACUCCUGAUGCCAACUGAACCCAGAGAUCAGAGAAAGUUACAGACGGAGCAUAGGCUCUGAGCACUGUGGCCAGUUCGUUCACGUAAGAAGAUGGCGGCCAUUUGUUUAUACAGUAUACAUAUAAAUGUAGUUUACUAACGUACUCUUGUACACAAACAUUUUUUCUCGAGUCAACAGUCUUUAUUUGUUUAAUAUGCAUGCAUUUUUCCACCACCAUACAUACAUCACUUAUGAGAAAAUGCGAUUUUCUUCAUUGCACAAUAUGGCGGCUACCUGCUUCUCCCUUACGUCCCUUGGCUUUAGCUGAGAUACCUACAAACUGUGUUUAUGCUCCAUCUGUAACUUUCUCUAAUCUCUGAAUGAACCACCAGUUCGUCAGCUGUUUCUCUCCGUCACUAUUAUUAUUAGUAGCGCACCAUGCAACGAAAUUUCCACAGGAUGAAAUUUAAAAAAAAAAGGCUGUAGAAAAAUAAAAAUUUUAUAACUGUU